AUGUGGUCCAUGAUCAAAGAAGGUUACGAAGGUCUCGUGGGUACAGUAAUUCGUCCUUUAAGGGCCCACUACGCCGUGUCCGAUCUCGGGCCCAAGCAUGCACAAAUUGGAGGUACCUCAGUGCAACGAGUGGACCUCAAACUCAAGAAUCCAGCGGGUUUGACGCUCGAGUGCAGCUGGUGGAAGCCACUAAAGCCCAAGAACGGACAAGCGACCGAGCAGCAAGACGAACGUCGUCCGUGUAUUGUGGUGCUCCAUGGCAACAGUUCCUGUCGAUUGGGAGCUCUUGAGAUUGUCAUGUAUGCAUUGCCAGCAGGUUUUACAGUGUUUGCACUGGAUUUCAGUGGCUCUGGGCUGUCGGAAGGCAAAUAUGUCUCGCUUGGGUAUCACGAAAAGACUGACAUUGCCACGGCAGUGCAUUAUGUCACAAGUACGGAAGAAGUCUCGAAGCUGUGUCUAUGGGGACGCAGUAUGGGCGCUGUAGCAGCGUUGUUUCAUGCGGAAUCCAAUUCGUCAGUAAGCGCGAUGGUACUGGACUCACCAUUCUCGAGUUUGCCAAAACUAGCCACCGAGCUGGUCGAAGAUGGGAAGCUUGGCGUGCCCAAGAUUGCAGUAAGACUUGUCAUGCGACUUAUACGACGCGAUAUCAAGAAGCGAGCGAAGUUUGACAUGUUCGAGCUGAAGCCGGUUGCUAAAAUCAAUAAGUGCACGGUGCCAGCUUUUUUUGUGGUGGGCUUGCAAGAUGAGUUGGUUGGGCCUCAUCACGUCGAAGCGCUGUACCGACUUCAUGGUGGGCCGAAUCAGUUGUUCAAGUUCCCCGGAGGCCACAACAGCCCACGCCCAUCCAACUUUUUCAUCCAAGCGUUGCAGUUUUUGCGAGUCAUGGUGGGGCUGAUGCCGUUGCCAGACGACCUAGCGACGUUUGGCUUGCCCCCUGCGCAGCGACGGCAAACGCGAUCACGAACAUCGGACAAGAAAGUACCUUCUAUGCACCCGAAACCAUCACGAGUGUACAAGAACCCACUUGAGCCAAGUGCUUCGAUUGAAGCUGUGCACAAAAUGUCAGUUAAGGAGCUGAAGCUGUGUAUCGAUCGUGCUGGAUACAGUGAUGCUACGUGCAUUGAGAAAAGUGACAUGGUUGAUCUUGUUCUCAAGCUGUACACUCGCUAUAGACGAUCCAGCAAGCGAGCAGCAAACGACAGGCAGAGGCCCGUAGCAGUGGCACUACCGCUAUACGAAGGGUGCGGCACUACUUUGGGCAGCAAGGUGCUGACGCUGCCAGAUCCUGCCGAGAGCAAAUUAUCAUCACCGAUUAUUUCCAACGUCAUUGCUUCUAUGGAAGCAGAAGAGAGCUCUUCUACACCAAGAGGGCGCUGUCAUAGUGAAGGAUAUGCACCUGCUGCUGAUUUAUGUGAAGCAGCGAGUGCAAAUUCGUCAGCACUAGUUGCUCCGAUAAGGAGUACCACAUCUAGCAUUAUUCCUGACGCGGAAUUGGAUCAACGUUUGUGUAUUGACCAGUCUAGUGAUGGGGAUGAUGCGUUGUCGAAAACGGACAAAUCUGCAAAGCAAUAG